CCCUCCCGACCCUUCGAAAAAGCACAGAAGACAACACCAACAACUGCCACGAUGAAUUGGACGCGCGUGCUGCUAAUCGGGUUGACCGCCUUGGCGCUGACAUUUGUGGAGGUUGCAUCACUCUCACUCGAUCCAGUUGCCUCUGCUGAACUGGAACAGUUUAUCCGAAAGGGAGAUGUUGUCAUAUCAACGCGCCACAUACGACCUCGUCGAAAGCUGCAUAUAUCCAUAGAAGCCCUCUUCAUGAUCGACUUUCCCAUGCUGAAGCACAAGAUGUCCUUCUUCCUGGACCGCAAACAGCAGCGGGUAACCCUGGACAUCAGUGCGAAUGGUAUUACCGAGUCCAGGAACUUCGAGAUCCCCAACAUCAACGAAACGAGCACCAUCCGAUCGCUGGCGCUGCAGUUCUCCAAGAAUCGCAUUACGCUCCAUGUGGACUGCAAGCCGAGCACGCAUCACGACAUUGACAUGAACCUGGCCAAGUUGUACACCCAGAUGGACGAUCCGGUGAUCAAGUUGUUCCGUGAGCGCAAGUAUCCCCUCCACUUUGACGGGGACAUGGAGCACUCCCUCCAGAGGGCCAACUGCCAGAAGGGCAUGCACCGGCGGGGCAAUCGCCGCAUGCUGCGCAACAAGAUCACUGAGCGUGAGAAGAACAAGAAGCGCGACGUACGCGGCUUUUAUGAGCCAACGAUCGCCCGAGAAGGAGCUGUGGACCACAGGCACGAGGAGGUACCGACUAACGUGGAGCGCGGCGACAUUCCCAUUCUGAACGGCGAUUGCGAAGACGCCCUCGCACGCUCAAUGAGCGAUUUACUGGCAUUGGUGAAGCUGCUACGCGAAGACGUCGCCCACCAGCGCCAGGAGAUUGCCUACCUGCGAAUGCUCUUGGAGAACUGUGCCGGCUGCAAGAACCCCAUCAACAGCGACAACCAACUACGCAUCGAGCCCGACUGCCGUUCCGCCAAUCCUUGUUAUCCUGGAGUGGAGUGCCUGGACUCAGCGGUCGGUCCCAGGUGUGGCCAUUGUCCCCUUGGCUUCAUUGGCGAUGGCAAGACCUGCAAACCAGGCGUUACCUGCGCCCACCACAUGUGCUAUCCAGGCGUUCAGUGUCACGAUACCGUGAAUGGAGCCCAGUGUGACUCCUGUCCAGCUGGCUAUGAAGGUGAUGGACGCACAUGUUCGCUACGUAAUCCUUGCCUGGACACACCCUGCCCCUCAGGUGCCCAAUGCCUGCAGGUUGGCUACCCGCCCUAUUUCCACUGCAUCUCAUGUCCAUUGGGUCACGAGGUAAACGGCACCAGCUGCCGGGAUGUGAACGAGUGCCAAGUCUACAAUCCUUGCGAUGAUCUAACGAUCUGCACCAAUCUUGAUCCGGGUUUCCAAUGCAGCCCCUGUCCAGUCGGCUUCGAUGGAACCCACGCUCAUGGCUACUACUCCGACUAUUACUCCGUGGAUUAUCGAAAGCAAAUAUGUCUGGAUAUCGAUGAGUGUCGCACUGGGUUCUUCCGGUGCCCAAAACACUCCACCUGCAUUAACGAGAUUGGCUCCUACAGAUGCCAGUGCCAGGAAGGAUAUGUGACCAACGGCACCUAUAGCUGUCUCGACACAUUGUCGGUGUCCGUGUGUCCCGAUGGAACCAUAUGUGAUCGCAAUGCCGCAUGCCUGCGGAUGAAUAACUUACGUUACAAGUGCCAUUGUAAUGUCGGAUGGGCGGGCAACGGAUUGCUUUGCGGAAGGGACUCCGAUAUUGAUGGGUGGCCGGAUCAGGCGAUUGGAUGCCCAGAGUUGCACUGCCAGCGAGACAACUGUCCCAUGCUGCCCAAUUCGGGGCAGGAGGAUGCCGAUCUGGAUGGACAUGGCGAUGGGUGCGACGAUGACGCUGAUGGCGACAAUGUGCAGAACGACCAAGAUAACUGCCGACUGGCCUACAACACCGAACAGGUGGAUUCGGACGGAGACAAGGUGGGCGAUGUAUGCGACAAUUGUGUCCUCAAGUACAAUCCCAGGCAGCUAGACACGGACGGGGACGGUCUUGGGGACGUGUGCGACGGGGAUAUCGAUAACGACUCCAUACCAAAUGAGCUGGACAACUGCCCGCAGCUCCCGAAUCCUAGUCAGUCAGACGUAGACAACGAUGGUGUAGGCGAUGGCUGCGACAAUUGCCCUAAUCUCCCGAAUCCCGACCAAAAAGACCGUGACAUGGAUUUUGUGGGCGAUGCCUGCCACAGGGACAUAGAUGGUGAUGACGAUGGAGUCCCAAAUUCCCUAGAUAACUGCCCAAUGGUUAGCAACUCUGACCAACUGGACACUGACGAGGAUGGAACGGGAGACGAGUGCGAUGACGACAUGGAUGGCGACGGCAUACCCAACUACAAGGACAACUGCCCGCUGGCCAACAACCCAAAACAGGAGGAUUUCAAUCGCAAUGGCAAGGGCGACUGCUGCGAGGAUGACGAAGAUGUUGAUGGGGUACCGAAUGCCAUCGACAACUGCCCAAAUAACUCCGUAAUCCAUCAUACGGACUUCCGAACCCUUCGAACCAUUCCAUUGGAUCCCAAAGGUAUAUCCCAAGCAGAUCCUAAUUGGAUUGUACAUGCCAACGGCACCGAGAUAGUCCAGACCCUCAACUCGGAUCCUGGUAUAGCGGUGGGCAAAGAUGCUUUCGGAGGCGUGGACUUCGAUGGAACCUUUUAUAUCAACGAUGACACAGAUGACGAUUACGCUGGCUUUGUGUUUAGCUAUCAGAGCAGCUACAAGUACUACGUGGUCCAGUGGAAGAAGGGCACACAAACCUACUGGGAGCCAUCGCCCUUCACUGCCUCCGCGGCACCGGGCGUCCAGAUCAAGCUGGUUAACAGUACCGAGGGUCCUGGGCCAAUGAUGAGGAACAGUUUGUGGCACGAGGGAAACACCGACGGGGAAGCCAGGUUGCUGUGGAAGGAUCCGAAAAACAUUGCCUGGAAGGAAAGGACGUCCUACCGCUGGUCUUUGGUGCAUCGACCUGCCAUUGGCCUCAUCCGUCUGCAAAUGUACGAGGGCAACCGCCAGAUCUUCGACUCGGGCAAUAUCUACGACUCCACGCUGAAGGGCGGACGGUUGGGCGUGUUCUGCUUCUCGCAGAGGAUGAUUAUAUGGUCCAACCUGCAGUACAAGUGCAAUAGCCGCGUGAAACCCCUGAUCUACAAUGAUCUGUCCGACUAUCUUAAGACGAAGGUGGAGUUGCAGGACUGAACUGAACUUGUCCUCAGUGUUUAAAUCCUUUCCUUGCCAUCAAUUCUAACCAAAUUAAAUAUUAAUGCUACCACUUAGUUAAUAAAGGAGUUGCCAACUCAGUUGGCCAUUUAA